AUGUAUAUUUCAGCUCCACUGCUGGUGUAUUUGGCAGAGAGGAGCAUGCGCACUUGCAGAUUAGAGCAUUGCUCUGCUAAGAUACUGAGGGUAUCGGUUUUGCCAGGAGACGUUUUCAGCUUAACAAUGUCGAAGCCACAGGGAUUCAAGUACAAGAGUGGGCAGUACAUAUUCCUGCAAUGCCCUGCCAUUUCUUCCUUCGAAUGGCAUCCUUUUUCGAUAACUUCAGCACCAGGAGACCCGUAUCUGAGUGUCCAUAUCCGGACAGUGGGUGACUGGACACAGGAGUUGAAGCGAGUUUUCACCGAGGUAAAUGACUCAUCGACCAUAAUUGGUCGAGCUAAAUUCGGUCACCUUGGGAGCGUAGAUCACAGAGGACAACCAAAGCUCUAUCUGGAUGGUCCAUACGGGGCUCCGGCGCAAGACUACAAGAACUAUGACGUUCUUCUCCUUGUGGGAUUGGGAAUUGGGGCUACCCCUUUCAUCAGCAUCCUCAGGGAUCUGUUAAAUAACACCAGGGAAGGCUGA